AUGUUUAAAAAGGUGGCAAUUGGCGUAUCUGGUGGUGUUGAUAGUGCUGUAGCAGCAAUGUUAUUAAAAACAAAGGGUUUUGAUGUACAAGGGGUUUUUAUGCAAAAUUGGGAUAUAAGAGAUGAAAAAGGAGUUUGUAGUAGCGAAGUGGAUUUGGAAGACGCCCAAAAAAUUUGUAAUUCGAUAGGAAUAAAACUUCAUUGUGUGAAUUUCGUUAAACAAUAUUGGAAUUUAGUAUUUUGCGAGUUGGUUAAAGAAUAUGAAUCAGGUAGAACUCCUAAUCCUGAUGUUUUAUGCAACAGAAACAUUAAAUUCAACUAUUUUUAUAAAUAUGCAAUGGAUCAUUUAGGAGUUGAUGCAAUAGCAACUGGACAUUAUGCAAAUACCAGUUUUGGAACAUAUUUAGAAAAUUACCAACCAAAUAAAAAUGUGCGAUUACUCUUAGCGAAAGAUACUAAAAAAGACCAGACCUUCUUCCUAUGUCAGGUGAAACAAGAGGCUUUAAGGAGAACCAUGUUUCCGUUAGGGAAUAUAACAAAAUGGCAAGUGAAAAAUAUAGCGAUUGAAAAUAAUUUGGAAAAAAUCGCCCUUAAACCAGAAAGCAUGGGCAUCUGCUUUAUAGGAUCCAGAAACUUUCAAACUUUCAUCCAAGAAUAUAUCGCAGAUAAACCGGGCGACUUCGUCGACGUAGAUACGGGUAAAGUCGUGGGGCAACAUCGUGGAGUUCAUCAGUGGACUUUAGGGCAAAGAUCGAGGCUUCAGGGCCUUCCUCUUGCUUACUUUGUGGCUAGAAAGGAUAUCGAAAGAAAUAUUAUUUACGUGGCUCAAGGAACUGAUCAUCCGAUCCUCUUCAGUGAUUUGGUCUUUACUGAACCGCCAUAUUGGAUCCAUUCGGAACCCAUAGAGUUGAAAUCGAAUAAUAUUUUAGAGUGCGAUUUUAAAUUUCAACAUACAAAACGAUGGUCUCCUUGUCUGGUUUAUAAAACCAAAAAGGGGCUGCUGGUUAAACUACAUAAUGAAAAAAGGGCUUUAACUGAGGGUCAAUACGCUGUGUUUGUAAAGAACCAAGAGUGCUUAGGUAGCGCAAAAAUAGUUAAUACUGGGGUGUCAAAUUUUACUAAUAAAUAUCAGCAAUGUAGUGAGGAGGCAAGUGGAGCAAAAAAUAUAGAAGUUAGAAAUUAA